CUUCCUCCCUUUCCUGUCUCCCGUGCUCCAGCAAUGCAGAUGGAAGGGACAGAAGGGAUGGGAGAGAGCCCAACCAUCCCCAGCACCGAGGUCCACUGAGCUGAGCAGGCUGAACACUCAGACCCACAGCAACUGACCCGGGCCCAGCUGGCCUUGGCUGGCUCAGGUCAGCCUCCGGAGUAUGGUCUGGUGGAGAUCCUCUUUCCUGAUCCCCAUUCUUUUCUUGGCCUCUCAUGUUGGUGCGUCUGUGGACUUAACGUUGUUGGCUAACCUGCGCAUCACCGACCCUCAGCGUUUCUUCCUGACCUGCGUGUCUGGUGAGGCCGGAGCAGGGAGGAGCUCGGACCCUCCCCUGCUGCUGGAGAAGGAUGAUCGCAUCGUGCGCACCUUCCCGCCGGGGCAGCCCCUGUACCUGGCACGCAAUGGCUCACACCAGGUCACGCUACGGGGCUUCUCCAAGCCCUCGGAUUUGGUAGGCGUCUUCUCCUGUGUGGGUGGCGCUGGCGCGCGGCGCACUCGAGUCCUCUACGUGCACAACAGCCCGGGGGCACACCUGUUUCCAGACAAGGUCACGCACACGGUGAACAAAGGUGACACUGCUGUGCUUUCUGCGAGAGUGCACAAGGAAAAACAGACUGAUGUGAUUUGGAAGAACAACGGAUCCUACUUCAAUAUCCUAUACUGGCGUGAGGCCCACGACGGGCGUUUUCAACUGCAGCUCCAAAAUGUACAGCCACCAUCAAGUGGCAUCUACAGUGCCACCUACCUAGAGGCCAGCCCCCUGGGCAGUGCCUUUUUUCGGCUCAUCGUGCGAGGCUGUGGGGCUGGACGCUGGGGGCCAGGAUGUGUCAAGGAUUGCCCAGGCUGCCUGCAUGGAGGUGUCUGUCAUGACCAUGAUGGCGAAUGUGUGUGCCCCCCAGGAUUUACCGGCACUCGCUGUGAGCAGGCCUGCAGAGAGGGUCGUUUCGGACAGAGCUGCCAGGAACAGUGCCCAGGCACAGCAGGCUGUCGGGGUCUCACCUUCUGCCUUCCGGAUCCCUAUGGCUGUUCUUGUGGAUCCGGCUGGAGGGGAAGCCAGUGCCAGGAAGCAUGUGCGCCUGGUCAUUUUGGGGCUGAUUGUCGCCUCCAGUGCCAGUGUCAAAAUGGCGGCACUUGUGACCGGUUCAGCGGCUGUGUCUGCCCCUCUGGGUGGCAUGGAGUCCACUGUGAAAAGUCAGACCGGAUCCCCCAGAUCCUCAAUGUGGCCACCGAGCUGGAGUUCAACUUAGGGACGAUGCCCCGAAUCAACUGUGCAGCUGCUGGGGAUCCCUUCCCAGUACGGGGCAGCAUGAAACUCCGCAAGCCAGAUGGCACCAUGCUCCAGUCUACCAAAGCCAUUGUGGAGCCAGACAGGACCACAGCAGAGUUCGAGGUGCCCAGUUUGACUCUUGGGGACAGCGGGUUCUGGGAAUGCCGAGUAUCGACAUCUGGUGGCCAAGAUAGCGGGCGCUUCAAGGUCAAUGUCAAAGUCCCCCCAGUGCCUCUGACUGCACCUCGGCUCCUGGCCAAGCAGAGCCGUCAACUUGUGGUCUCCCCACUGGUCUCCUUUGGUGGGGAUGGACCCAUCUCCUCUGUCCGCCUGCACUACCGGCCCCAGGACAGCAUGAUUGCCUGGUCUGCCAUUGUGGUGGAUCCCAGUGAGAAUGUGACAUUAAUGAACCUGAAGCCAAAGACAGGAUACAAUGUUCGAGUGCAGCUGAGCCGGCCAGGGGAAGGAGGAGAAGGAGGCUGGGGGCCUUCUGCCCUCAUGACUACUGAUUGUCCUGAACCUUUGCUGCAGCCAUGGCUAGAGAGCUGGCACGUGGAGGGUCCUGACAGGCUACGAGUGAGCUGGUCCCUACCCUCGGUGCCACUGUCCGCUGACGGUUUCCUGCUGCGCCUGUGGGACGGGUCUCGGGGACAGGAGAGGCGGGAGAACAUCUCAUCCCCGCAGGCCCGCACUGCCCUCCUGACUGGACUCACACCUGGCACCCAUUACCAGCUGGAUGUGCGGCUGUAUCACUGCACCCUCCUGGGCCCUGCCUCACCCCCUGCGCAUGUGCACCUGCCCCCCAGCGGGCCUCCAGCUCCCCGCCACCUCCAUGCCCAGGCCCUCUCAGACUCUGAGAUUCAACUGAUGUGGCAGCAUCCUGAGGCUCCUUCCGGGCCUAUAUCCAAGUACAUUGUGGAGAUUCAGGUGGCCGGGGGUUCAGGAGACCCACAGUGGAUAGAUGUAGACAGACCCGAGGAGACAAGCACUGUCAUCCGAGGCCUCAAUGCCAGCACACGCUACCUUUUCCGUGUGCGGGCCAGUGUGCAAGGUCUCGGAGACUGGAGCAACACAGUAGAAGAGGCCACUCUAGGCAAUGGGCUGCAGAGUGAGGGCCCAGUCCAAGAGAGCCGGGCAGCUGAAGAAGGGCUGGAUCAGCAGCUGGUCCUGGCUGUGGUAGGCUCUGUCUCUGCCACCUGCCUCACCAUCCUGGCUGCCCUUUUAGCCCUGGUGUGUAUCCGAAGAAGCUGCCUACAUCGGAGACGCACCUUCACUUACCAGUCAGGAUCGGGUGAAGAGACCAUCCUGCAGUUCAGCUCAGGGACCUUGACAUUGACCCGGCGGCCGAAGCCACAGCCUGAGCCCUUGAGUUAUCCUGUGCUGGAGUGGGAGGACAUCACCUUUGAAGACCUCAUCGGUGAGGGCAACUUUGGCCAAGUGAUCCGGGCCAUGAUCAAGAAGGACGGGCUCAAGAUGAACGCAGCCAUCAAGAUGCUAAAAGAGUACGCAUCUGAAAAUGACCAUCGAGACUUUGCAGGCGAACUAGAAGUUCUGUGCAAACUAGGACACCACCCCAAUAUUAUCAACCUCUUGGGGGCCUGUGAGAACCGAGGCUACUUGUAUAUCGCUAUCGAAUAUGCCCCCUAUGGAAACCUGCUAGAUUUCCUGAGAAAGAGCAGGGUCCUGGAGACUGAUCCAGCUUUUGCUCGAGAGCAUGGAACGGCCUCCACACUCAGCUCCCGGCAGCUGCUGCGCUUUGCCAGUGAUGCAGCCAACGGCAUGCAGUACCUUAGUGAGAAGCAGUUCAUUCACAGGGACCUGGCUGCCCGAAAUGUGCUGGUCGGAGAGAACCUGGCCUCCAAGAUUGCAGACUUUGGCCUUUCUCGAGGGGAGGAGGUGUAUGUGAAGAAGACAAUGGGCCGUCUCCCUGUGCGUUGGAUGGCCAUUGAGUCUCUCAACUACAGUGUCUACACCACCAAGAGUGACGUCUGGUCCUUCGGAGUCCUCCUCUGGGAGAUAGUGAGCCUUGGAGGCACGCCCUACUGUGGCAUGACCUGUGCUGAGCUCUACGAGAAGCUGCCUCAAGGCUAUCGCAUGGAGCAGCCUCGAAACUGUGAUGACGAAGUGUACGAGCUGAUGCGGCAGUGCUGGCGGGAUCGGCCCUAUGAGCGUCCCCCCUUUGCCCAGAUCGCACUACAGUUGGGCCGCAUGCUGGAAGCCAGGAAGGCCUACGUGAACAUGUCGCUGUUUGAGAACUUUACUUAUGCUGGCAUCGAUGCCACUGCUGAGGAGGGCUAGCCUGCCCUCCACCAGAACCUGGCUCUGCUGGCCGGAGCACACGGCUUCCACCUGUGACUUUGGACCCUUCUUACCUCUGACCCGAACUGUCUCAAGAGCGUCUCUUAAUUUAAAGGAGAAAAGAAAAGGUCCAGGAAACACGGGGUGGAGGGAAACAAGGAUCCCCAUUCUUGGCAGCUACUCCCAUAGCUACCCUUCAUAUCCUUGCUCCCCGCUCUGCUGCUCCCCAAACCCAAACCCCACUUCUGGUCCUCCACUGAAAGCAGCAGGCAUGUUACUAACACCCUGUUUAGCAACUAGACUCUCUGCUUGUACUCAGAAAAAUAAAUAAAUGCUCGGAACAGC